AUGGCGGCGCCGCUAUUGCUCUUCUCGCUCUCGGACAUGGUUCGGUCGCGGAGCCACUCCAGUCAAUCAGAGGAGCAUCCGGAUGACGAAGGAGAUGACGGAGAUGAGAGGGAAAUUGCGGAGGGUGCAGAGGAAGACGAGAAGUAUCGACAGCAGCUGCAGACGUACCGGCUGUCGAGGGCAGGGACGAGGGAAAGUCGGGAGAAGGGAGAAGGGGCGAAUCCCUCUGGUAGUCAUGUCGAGGCGCAAGCCCCGGUAGAUGAGAAGGGCAGAAGUGGUGAGGGUGUCGUGGAGAAGAGAUCGGAGAGUAAAGCGGAAAGUGAUGUAGAGGCUACCGGAAGAACGUCUCCCCCUCCCUCGAACACUAAAGAUGGCGGUUCUGCAGGAACGGAACCGCCAGUCUGGUGGAGAAGGAUCGGGCGCUUCAUCUUUGGCGCGAAGGAGCAGGGAGGGGCCCAGAACGCAGCGGGCCCGCACGACCAGAUAACGCCCAAGUACCGAUGGACGCCCAUCUUCUCCGGAAUCGCCCAGCCCUUCUCGAUCCUGCUCGAGAUCCCCGGCCUCACCGAGCACUGGUACGUCCGCCAGGAGAAUGGCGUCGCUGUCGCGUAUCAGGAGAACCCGGUUAUCCUCAAUGUCGGGCUGGCUCUCUCCAUGGCCUGCGGGGUAGUUGCAAACAUCGCCCUCAUCAACCGCUUCCUCGAGCGCAGGGUGUUCGUAUCCACCUUGGUCUGCAUCAUCAUGCUGUCCAUCCAUGACAUCAUCAACAUCGUCGCGUUGGCCAUCUUCGGGGUCAUCCAUGGCGUCGAUGACGGGUUCGACUAUUCCGAGGCCUUCUGGAUGUGCGUCUGCUCCACAACCGCAAGCUUCUUCACCAAUAUCACCCUCAUCUUCGACAUCGCUCGGACCAAGCAAUUCAGGCACUCGGGGUCGGGCCUCACGGCAAAGCAGCGCAAGCUCGUCAUUGUCGUUAUGGUCCUCCUCACCUAUAUUGCGCUCGGGGCGCUCGCCUUCAACUUUCUCAUUCCAGAGAUCGCCUUCCAGAAUGCCCUUUUCUACACGGUCGUCUCGAUCGAGACUAUCGGCUUUGGCGACAUCUCACCAUCGUCUGUCGGCGCCCGCGUCUUCCUCUUCUUCUACGUGCCUUUCGGGAUCUUCAACCUCGCUCUUGCGGUCGGCACGGCGCGGGACACGCUCGUCGAGUCGUGGUCCGCGGCGUACAGGCGGAGACGGCACAAUGUGGUCAAGCGGCAGAGAGAGCGCAAGCAGCAGCGAGUGGAGGAAACGGCUCGGCUCAUGGCGGCCGGACAGGGAUCAAAGGCGGUCGAGCAAGCCUCUCGUGGGUUCAAGGGCGAAGGAGUCCGAGUGGGGAAAGCACGAGCUGUGAUGGAGCAGUAUGAUACUCGGGAUACUUCAGGGUCUGAGGAGGAGGAUGAAGAGGAGCGAUAUCGAGCAGCUCUGGCGGAACUUUGCAUGGAGAACGAGGAGGGGUACAAGAGCUUCCAGGAACGCAUGGCGCACGAGGAAAAGAUGGAGAACAUAUGGAAAUUUGGAUCAGCCACCGGUCUCUUCGUCGUUUUCUGGCUGGUCGGAGCGGGCAUCUUUACUCGCACAGAAGAUUCUUGGGACUUUUUCACGGCGCUAUACUUUUGUUUCGUCACUUUUACCACUAUCGGCUAUGGCGAUGUUGUCCCCAAUUCUCCUGCUGGCCGUGCUGUCUUCAUCAUCUGGGCAAUCUGCGGAGUCGGCAUUGUCACACUCAUCAUUGCCGUCAUCACCGAGGCCUAUUCGAAACGAUAUCAGACCGCUGUGACCCGCCGGAUCAGAAACCCAGAUACGCCUGGCUUGCCGCAGCUGCUUGACGGUCUAAGUAAAGAUCAGCCUCCGGUCGUACAGCGGCAAGCUGCUGCAGAACUACCGCACGAGAUCCUGCAACUGCUGGAAGGUUGGAAAGAGCACAUUCAUGUCGCUCGAUUGGCAGCGUUUACUGGAGGCCCGAUCAGUAAGGAGGCGGAAACGAUGAUUGACAACUUCAUGGCAUCACGAAAUGCCGACGGAGGCCAAGCAUAUUUCAACGAACCUGGUCAUAAUCGAGAAACCUUCUGGGACAGCUUUGAAGAGAGCGCACAGCGACUCAUCGAUAGUGUUGAAAAGGCAGUCCAGCGCGUGGAUCAGGGCCGCCGCGACUUUGACAUCUUGUACGGUCCAGGUGCAUCCAUGUCGGAACUCAAACUCGGCACCAGCGACAAUCCUCUCGCGCCCGGCGACAGCACGACAGACCAGCCUGAUCGGCGUGCGCAUGUCUGA